AGUUCUAACUUCUAAUGGUUCCCUACAAUUUUAUUUUGAUCCAUUGACUAAAACAUUUUGUAACAUGGCUUGCUUUCUUCCUGGCUUCGUUUGUUCCUAUAAUAAACAAAUACACUAACGUACAAAUCUUCAAACCAACCCCAUCUUCCACUCUAUUUUUAGAGGGACUCUGUCUCACUGGGCACUGUGCACUGCAAUUCUACUAGAUCGACUUUGCUUUUCCUCUUUUUCAGUUUCGUACUUCUCUGUCAAAUCUCCUCACCAAAAUCCAACAAAUAUCGCCAUUACCUUCUCACCAGGCUUUCUAGGAAAAUGUCGAUGCACGCAAAGACGGAUUCGGAGGUGACGAGUUUGACGGCGUCGUCACCGACAAGGUCUGAACCACGGCGGCCGGUGUACUACGUCCAGAGUCCAUCGCGCGACUCCCACGACGGAGAGAAGACCACCAACUCCUUUCACUCAACGCCUGUGCUCAGCCCCAGUGGAUCACCCGGCCGUCAAUCCCGGAACUCUUCCUCCACCAGAUAUUCCGGCUCCCUCAGACCCGGAUCGAGGAAAGGCAGCCAACAUCAACAUCACCGGAAAGGAGAAAAGGGAUUUGAUGCGAUUGAGGAAGAAGGAUACAACGAUGAAGUUGGUCAUCGGGGGAUCCCUCGCCGGUGUUAUUUUCUGGCGUUCGUUGUCGGUUUCUUCGUUCUCUUCACUUUUUUCGCUCUCGUUCUCUGGGGCGCUGCCAGACCUCAGAAGCCCGUCAUCACCAUGAGGAGUAUCGCAUUCGAUCAAUUUGCAGUUAAUGCUGGGGCAGAUGCAUCUGGAGUUGCGACAGAGAUGGUGACGUUAAACGCCACCGUGAAGUUCAAUUUUCGCAACCGUGGAACCUUCUUUGGGGUUCAUGUAUCAUCCACACCACUCGAUCUCGCAUACACCGAGUUGACUCUGGCCACCGGAACUGUGAAGAAAUUUUAUCAAUCAAGAAAAGGUCACAGAAUAGUGAGUGUGAACGUCCGAGGUGUACGAGUGCCGUUGUACGGCGGCGGACUGAACUGGAGCAGCGAGAACGGAAAACUGACAGCGCCGUUGCCACUGAACCUAAAUUUCACGGUGAAAGCUAAAGCUUACGUGUUAGGUAAAUUAGUGAAACCCAAGUUCUACAAAAAGGUUUCGUGUGCCAUUGUUUACAAUCCAAUCAAGGCCAUCAAUAAGCCGAUUUCUCUGAUGAAUUCUUGCACAGUUGAGUAAUCAAGGAAAAUUACUGAUCAGGUAAUUCUUUCGGGAACUGACUUUAAGCUCAUUCAUUCAUGCAUAAACACAAACAGUUGAUGAGCAGAUUGCAGUUUUGUCCUUUAUUUUAAAAUUAAAAUAGUAGAAAAGAAAAAUGAAAUUUCGUACAGCUAUGGAGGAAAUUGGAGCGACAAAUUAGUAAAUGAUCACAGCGUGUGAUGUGAAAACAGAGUCGGUGGCCUUUGGGAACUAUUUUAUUAUACGGUGGUCGGGGAGUGUACUAUAUUUUGAUUUCUUGUGUUAUUUAUAUAAAUUGAUGUUAAUGGGAAUAUUUAUUUAUUUAAUAUAUUUUAUAAAUAGGAUUGUCUUUUGGCCA